GCCCCCCAAAAAAGAAUGCGCACUCUGCGUACCGAGGGGACGCAACCUAUUUUCCUGAAUCCGGUUCCGUCGUGCCAGCGACACCGACGCCUGUGCCCACAGACCGAUCACAGGGGCUCUCUUUACCCGAACGGUACCGAAUGGUCGCAGUCGAGAGACGGGUGCGCAGCGAGGAUUUCGAACGGCUCAAGGACGAGAAUGUGCUUCGUUAUGUACCCACUUAAACGGAUGACAGCCUUUAGAGAAACCUUUAGCGCAAACUUUCCGCUCGGCGUUUGACGCGGAUGUGUUAUUGGGGGUUCUGUUGAGUCAGGUCCAAGAGCAGACCGUGAUGCAGGUGCAAACUGAGCGCUAAUGUUCCUGAAAUGUCUUGCUCUGCGCCGACGCGGUCCAUUGUGCCAUGGCAGCCCCGCAUUGACAGAUGCCAUUUUAGUCUGCGUGGUCACAGCGUCUGGAAUCCCAGCGAAGUAUUGUGUAAUUAGAAGUUGUCCAGGCAGUAGCAAACAAGCUGGCGGAAUAGGAAUGAGCGUCCACGACACUGUGCGCAAUCGGUGCUGAAGCUUUAUGGGUACGGCGUACAUGAGCUCCAGGCUUCCAGUUGAAGAGGUUUGCUGUGGGGCUCCGCUGCCUGUCGGCUUGACAUCUGGACCGCCCGGCUGCUGUCAAACGCGGCCUAAACUUACAUGCUUGUUGACAACGGACUUGACAGCCUCGGAGGGUGUCGUGUUGACUGUAUUGCUUUGGCUCGAAGCAAACCGAUAUGGAAAAAAUGGUUGCGUUCGCUUUGUAAAGUCGCGCUUAGUUAAAGCAGCGCUAGGGUGACACUGCAGUCUUUCUCACCACAUCGCCCAUUUCGACGUUCGACUUAAAAAAACUCAGCGUGACAGUGGAGUAGGGAAUCGUCCGCCAUACGUAUCAACGCAGUGGGAUUUGUACGUGUGGUCGGCGUCCCCCCCACCCUUCCCGCGGUGACGGUUAUGGGUCGGAAGCGGUGUGUAGGUGCAGAUUGUUCCAAGAUGGCGGCCGGGUGCUGCGGGGUGAAGAAGCAGAAACUGUCGGGAUCGCCCGGGUCGGGGGGUCCCGGCGGGGUGGGGGCGGGAAGCGGGGUGGCAGGAACCGGACAUUGUGGAUCGGAGUUGGGGAUUGGCUCCUCGGCGACUGUUGCAGGAGCGCCGAACGUGAGCAGGGCGAACGGCCUGGGGGGACCCGGGGGUAACGUUAGCGGCGGCGGUAGUAAUAGUGUUAGCGGCGGCACAAGCGCCCUGUCGACUCUGUCGCCAGCCCCGGCCGGUUACACCUCAUCCGGUCUCAGUCCGAAUCUUAGCCCAGGACCUGGAUCGGGAAGUGGAGGCAGAAAAAUGGUCGUUUCGGCGGAGAUGUGCUGCUUCUGCUUUGACGUGCUUUAUUGCCAUCUGUACGGAUACCAACCUCCAAGAACACCCAGGUUUACAAACGAUCCCUACCCGCUGUUUGUCACAUGGAAAAUAGGCAGAGACAAGCGGUUGAGGGGUUGUAUAGGUACAUUUUCUGCCAUGAAUCUGCACUCAGGACUCAGGGAGUACACCCUUACCAGUGCCCUUAAAGACAGCCGCUUCCCCCCCAUGACAAGGGAUGAGCUGCCUCGCCUCUUCUGCUCAGUGUCACUUCUCACCAACUUUGAAGACGUCGGUGAUUACCUUGACUGGGAGGUGGGUGUUCACGGUAUUAGGAUAGAGUUUUUCAAUGAGAAAGGAUCAAAGCGCACCGCCACCUACCUGCCAGAGGUUGCAAAGGAGCAAGGUUGGGACCACAUUCAAACCAUAGAUUCCUUACUACGAAAGGGAGGUUACAAAGCUCCCAUCACAAAUGAUUUCAGGAAGACCAUUAAGUUAACCAGGUACCGUAGCGAGAAGAUGACAAUGGGCUAUGCGGAAUACAUAGCCCACCGCCAACAUCAUCAUUACCAGAAUGGCAUCGGGCACCCUCUUCCACCCUACAACCAUUAUUCCUGACAGCGAGCCGCAUGACCAAUCAUUGGACCUCUCCGCAGACCUUUUCCCAGGAGAGCCCGCCCCCUCCUGGUCUAGCUAUUUCUACUACUGUACCAUUUUAUGAUGAUAGUUUCCGUUGCCAUGCUGGCUGUCUCCCAAGACGUCGACCUGGCAACGGUCUGCUACAAAGCAUCAAUUGAUUACGGCAAGAAAAAUCAGCUCCUUUUGUUGUUUUUCUUGCCCUGUGGUUUUUGCAGCAUACAAAGGCCCUUCAUUUGUAUUCUUAACAUUAUAACCUUGAUUAUCAUGUCUGCUCAGCAAACCUAAAUAGGUGUUUGAUUCUGUGGAUGGAAGGACGUCUCUUUCAGUGGAUUAACCCUGCUUAUGAAAUUGUUCGGGCUUUGCGAGUAUUUUACAUUUAAUCUUUUCUUUUCCUAACUUUAUACCAAUCAUGUAGCAGGGGCAAUUAUUAUUCUCAACGGCUGUGUUGUCUUUACUUUGAUCCCUCUCAAAAAAAAAAAAAAAAAAAAGGGACGGGGGGGCAAAAGACUGAUGCUGAGGUUGUGUUGGCUUUGUAGACUGGCAGUUUAGUCAAGAAAUGAUGCUUUGGCCUGUUUAUAUGCCAAAUGCGUCAACUACAGGACAUGAUAGUGAUGCCCUCUGAGUAACGUUUGGGCUGCAUUCAUUGCUUAAGCUCUCAGUUUUUGUUUAUGGAUUUGUGCGUGGAUAUCGACAUUGAUUUUUAGCCCCCCGAAGUGAAGAAACAGUGAAGUGAAUUAGGUAUUGGAUUUCAAAUUGUUAUUCGGUAGUUUGAGGUUGACCUCCCCAUCACUGUACAUAUAUUUUGUGGUUCUACAUCGGUCAAGGAAGGAUAUGCGCGGUAAAUAAUUUUUUUCGUCUUCUCAAAUGGCGCAAGUGGUCUACUGCUAGGGAGCCACGUGACAGGGAAACUUUAAAGCCAUAUACUCUCCAUCAAGCAUUCACUAUUCAUUCUCAUGUCUUGUAUGUUGUCUAUGUGUACCGGAAGAAACCUCGUCUCCCCAUUCAAGAUGCGCCGUUCUAAAUAUGACAUAUCCAAAAGCUAAUUUUGAGAGGUGUCAUUUACAUUCUACAUAGGAAACGCUUCAUUUUGUCAGCUGUGUAAAUACAACAGAAUUGGAGUGAACAGAAUGUCUGCAACGGGGUCUUGGAGUCAAUUAAGUCCCAAGAACACUUUUCCUGUCAAACUGUUGUUUUUGCGAGUCACGUCCACACACAUGCGCACCCACUGGGGCUUUAGUGUCACAUUGCAGACUGAUUUGGUUUGACCGACUGGAUUUUUUUUUUUUUGAGAGGUUCUUGUUACUUGACCAACAUCUUUUGUAACAGCCUUGACCAACUGGCAGAUUCGUCACUUUUUUUCUUUAUGCAAAAACGUCAAGGGCUUUUGGCACUCCCCAUCCACAGCUCACCUGAAAUGACGUUUUAAAGUUGUGUUGCCUUAAAUGAAUGCGUUAACAACGAAUGGACCAGGAGAGGAUGCUCGGUUCUUGUUGUCAUUUGGGGUUCGGACUUUGCUCGUUCCAAUCAUGGCACCUCUGGAUUGGUCGAUGGUUUGUCGUUGUCCAUCGCCGCUUGAACACUUCCCACCGCGCUCCACCCACUUUGGAAAGUCAAAGAAUGGGAAGAGCAGCCAAUAGUUUGAACCGAGCAUCAAUCUCCUGCUCCAUUUGAUCACGGCACAACCAGAAAUGAUCUGCUGCAAAACCAAAUUGACCAUGCUCUUUAAACAUAUAUGUCUUUGUACACAUGCAAUGUGUUAAGUUGCAUGUAUGUAUGAGUAUGAGACCUAUGGUUUUCUCCAUGAUAUACAGUAUAUAUUAUGCUUGGACACUCUUAUGAACCAUUAAGAGCAUUAAUAGACAAAUAUGGUGCUAUCAGACCUCAUAUUGGGGUGGUCACAGCUUGUGACUGGUCAUGCGGACUCAUCCAUCAUAUCAUCAAAAAAAAAAAAAAAGAUGUUACAUGUAAGAUUUUCUCUUCCGUACAUGGCUGCGAAAUGCGGCACAUUUUAACAUUGAAGGAAAAAAAAAAA